UUAAUCUUGUUUUUGGGUUCAUUAAAGGCAAUCUUGUUAUGAACUGCUAAUAAACCUCUGCUGCUGUAGUCUCACCCCCACUGCUUCCUCUUCUCCUCCAAAUUUUAGGGUUCAUGCCUAGCGCCUUUAGUUCUUUUUUCUCUUCUUCUGCUCUCUCUGAGAUUUUCAGCUUUUUAUUUUUUUUAUUUUUUUGCUAGUCCGGAGAAAGGACAUUACUUGAAUCGGAGAUGAAUGCGUGAACUCACUCACUCUUGUUUUCAAGAUCUUGAAUUGGCUUUCCUCUCUUACUGAGAUUGGGGUGCCAUGGCUAUGAAAAUGAACUCAGGGGACAGUAGGACUCGGAGCUCUGUGUCUAUAUUUAUUGUUAUUGGUUUAUGUUGUUUCUUCUAUAUUUUGGGAGCUUGGCAGAAAAGUGGUUUUGGGAAAGGAGACAGCAUAGCUGUAGAGAUCACCAAGCAGGCAGACUGCAGUGUCCUGUCAAAUCUGAAUUUUGAGACGCACCACGGUGGUGAUGCACAAGAAAUUGACAAUUCUGAAUCAAAAGCUCAAGUGUUUAAGCCAUGCCAUGCUAGCUAUACUGAUUACACUCCCUGCCAAGAUCAAAAGCGUGCUAUGACCUUCCCCAGGGAGAAUAUGAAUUACAGAGAAAGACACUGUCCUCCAGAGAAAGAGAAGCUGCAUUGCCUUAUUCCAGCUCCAAAAGGAUAUGUAACUCCCUUUCCUUGGCCGAAGAGCCGUGAUUAUGUACCGUAUGCAAAUGCACCAUAUAAGAGCUUGACAGUCGAGAAGGCUGUUCAGAACUGGAUUCAAUAUGAGGGCAAUGUGUUUCGGUUUCCUGGCGGAGGAACACAAUUUCCUCAAGGAGCUGAUACAUAUAUUGACCAACUUGCAUCUGUGAUUCCAAUUGAGAACGGCACAGUCAGAACUGCACUGGACACUGGUUGUGGGGUUGCGAGUUGGGGUGCAUACCUUUGGAAAAGAAAUGUAAUAGCCAUGUCUUUUGCCCCAAGAGAUUCACAUGAAGCACAAGUUCAAUUUGCUUUGGAAAGAGGUGUGCCAGCAGUCAUUGGUGUUCUUGGAACCAUAAAGCUGCCGUAUCCAUCUAGGGCCUUUGAUAUGGCUCACUGUUCUCGCUGCUUGAUUCCAUGGCAUGGAAAUGAUGGCAUGUACAUGAUGGAAGUAGAUCGAGUUCUUAGACCUGGUGGCUAUUGGGUAUUGUCUGGCCCUCCCAUUAAUUGGAAGAAUAACUAUAAAGCAUGGAACCGUCCUAAGAAGGAACUCCAAGAUGAACAAAGAAAGAUUGAAGAGAUGGCCAAACUUCUUUGCUGGGAAAAGAAACAUGAAAAGGGUGACAUUGCCAUCUGGAGGAAGAGAGUCAAUGCCGAGUCAUGUCAUGGGAGACAAGAUGAUUCUCAUGCUAAUGUGUGUGAGUCCAAAAAUGCAGAUGAUGUUUGGUACAAGAAAAUGGAGGUGUGUAUAACUCCUUAUCCCGAGGUUAAUAAUCCAGAUGAAGUUGCUGGAGGGGAGCUUAAACCGUUUCCCCAGAGGCUCAAUGCUGUUCCUCCCAGAAUAGCUAGCGGAUCUGUCCCUGGAGUUUCUGUUGAGACAUACUUGGAUGACAAUAAAUUAUGGAAGAAGCAUGUAAAGGCUUACAAGAAGUUCAAUCGUAUCAUUGACUCAGGGAGGUACCGCAACAUAAUGGAUAUGAAUGCUGGUUUGGGAAGUUUCGCAGCAGCACUUGAAUCUCCCAAACUGUGGGUUAUGAAUGUUGUGCCUACAAUUUCUGAUAAAAACACUCUUGGUGUUAUUUAUGAACGAGGAUUGAUCGGCAUAUAUCAUGACUGGUGUGAGGCUUUCUCUACAUAUCCAAGGACGUAUGAUCUUAUUCACGCCAAUGGUGUUUUCACCUUAUACAAGGAUGAAUGUAAGGCGGAAGACAUACUUCUAGAGAUGGACCGGAUCCUGAGACCUGAAGGUGCAGUUAUAUUCCGUGAUGAAGUUGAUGUGCUGAUCAGGGUGAAGAAAAUUGCGAGAGGGAUGAGGUGGAAUACAAAAAUGGUGGAUCAUGAGGAUGGCCCCCUGGUCCCUGAAAAAGUACUGGUUGCUGUCAAACAGUAUUGGGUUGUAGGUGGGAAGAACUCAACAACCUCAUGAUGGAAUUGACAAGAGGAACAAGCCAAGGAGGAUUGAGGAGGUAAUGCUGACCCUAGACUGUCUAUUAUUUGCGGCUCAUGAGUUAUAGUCCUUGCUCGCCACCCUGUGCGUUUUUAUGGAUUAAUGGUUGCAGCCUGAGGGAAAUAGUUCUGAAGUUUUCUGAUGUUUUAUUAUUAAUUGGGUCAUGUUCUUUGUUGUAGUCUGUCUCACAUAGAUUAUCCAGUUCCUUUCCUACUAGGUUUAUGCUCUGUUUAUGUGUAAUCUUUCAAUAUCCGACAGUCGACGACACGAAUGCAAAAGGGCAAGCACUUGGCCAAGUGGCUGUCUAAAUUUUUGGCCGCGGGGUCUGUUCCAUGAUCUGUAAACAGAUUUAUUAUUUAUGAGCAUUCAUAAAUUCAUAAAUUACAAGAAAAUGGCAACAGUGAGCAGGAAA